GCGGGGGUUAGGGACUGGGCUCGCGGUGCGGGGGCGGCCUACGGGCUGUCGCAAGCGGGCGGAGCAGACGCGGGAUCUGAAGGGCGCUGCAGGCGACAGCGCGGGCCUGGCGGCUGUGCAUUCCUCACUCUUAGCUGGUGAAGAAUGGGGGAGCUGGAAGGAACCUACCGCGUCCUGCAGACCCCAGGGACACGCCUAGGCGCCCCGACCCCCGUGGGCGUCAGCACCCUCGAGCCUGGGCAGGGCCCCUCGGCAGCAGCGGCGUGGCCGGCGGCCAGGACGCCCGUCCGAGUGCAGCUGCUGGACAACUCCGUCGAGGUGUUUGACGUUGAGCCUAAAUGCGAUGGCCAGGUGUUACUGACCCAGGUGUGGAAGCGCUUGAAUCUGAUAGAAUGUGACUAUUUCGGCUUGGAGUUUCAAAACGUCCAGUCCUGCUGGAUCUGGCUUGAACCUAUGAAACCCAUCGUUAGACAAGUACGAAGGCCAAAGAAUACAGUGCUCCGCCUAGCAGUGAAAUUUUUCCCACCUGAUCCGGGUCAGUUGCAAGAAGAAUAUACACGAUACUUGUUUGCCCUGCAACUUAAGAGAGACCUUCUGGAGGAGCGUCUGACCUGCACGGACACCACGGCUGCCCUCCUGGCGUCCCACCUCCUGCAGGCGGAAAUAGGAGAUUACGAAGAGGCGCUGGACCGGGAGCACCUGCGGGCCCACGAGUACCUGCCGGGCCAGGAGCGGGCCCUGGAGCGGAUCCUGGAGCUCCACCGGGAGCACGCGGGCCAGACGCCUGCCGAGUCGGAUUUCCAGGUGCUGGAAAUUGCCCGGAAGCUGGAAAUGUACGGCAUCAGGUUUCACACGGCCUCUGACAGGGAGGGGGCCAAGAUCAACCUGGCCGUUUCCCACAUGGGCGUCCUCGUCUUCCAGAGCAGCACCAAGAUCAACACCUUCAACUGGUCCAGGCUCCGGAAGCUCAGCUUCAGGAGGAGAAGGUUUCUCAUCAAGCUCCACCCAGAGGCCCACGGGCCUUACCAGGACACCCUGGAAUUCGUGCUGGGGAGUAGGGACGCGUGUAAGAACUUCUGGAAGACGUGUGUAGAGUAUCACACCUUUUUCAGACUUUCUGAUCAGCCGAAGCCCAGAGCUAGAGCCAUCCUCUUCAGCAGAGGUUCCUCCUUCAGAUACAGUGGAAGAACUCAGAAGCAGCUAGUGGAUUAUGUCAAAGAUGGUGGGAUGAAGAGGAUUCCGUAUGAAAGAAAGCACAGCAAGACCCGGAUGUCUCUCCACGCCCUAAAUGCCAACUUGCCGAGGCAGAGCGUCUUGUUCACCGAGGGCACGACGACUCCCGCGUCCCCGUCUUCAACGAGUGCCUCCUUCUGUUCAGGCCCCGCCUCCCCUCCGGCCACCGCGGGCCUGCUCGGUUCCAAGGACGGCAGCGGCUCCCCGACGGGGCGCCCGGCUCCCAGCGCCAGGUGGCCAGCUGCAGAGAGGAGCACCGUGGCCGCGGCCCCGCCCCCCGGGCCGCCUGCAUUCCAGCCUUGCCAAGGCCUUUCCGUGGAGAGUCCCCAGCUUCCCUCCACCCGGAAGACCCCACCGAGCCUGAGCGCACUGGGCCCAGCCGAGCAGGGCUCCUCUCCCCUGCUGAGCCCCGUCCUCAGCGACGCUGGCGGAGCCGGGAUGGACGACCAGGAGGAGUGUGCGCCCGCGGACGAGGCCUAUUUCAUAGCAAAGGAGAUUCUUGCUACAGAGCGAACAUACCUGAAGGAUUUAGAAGUUAUUACCGUGUGGUUCCGGAGCGCUGUGGUCAAGGCGGACGCCAUGCCUGCGGACCUGAUGACCCUGCUCUUCUCCAACAUCGACCCCAUCUAUGAGUUCCACAGAGGCUUCCUGCGCGAGGUGGAGCUGCGGCUGGCGCUCUGGGAGGGGUCUUCCAGUGCCCAGGCCACAGGCGACCACCGACGAAUCGGGGACGUCCUGCUCAGCAACAUGCUUCAGUUAAAGACGCUCACGCGCCACUUCCAGAGGCUCCACGAGGUCCUGACGGAGCUGGAAGCGGCCAGCAGGCGCCUGCGGAGGCUGGAGGCGGUGCGCCGGGACUUCGAGCUGCAGAAGGUCUGCUACCUGCCGCUCAACGCCUUCCUGGUGAAGCCGCUGCAGCGCCUGCGCCACUACCGGCUGCUGCUGCGCCGCCUGUGCGCCCCCGACCGCCAGGACGCCGACCGCGGCGACCAGGACCGCGCCGACCGCCGCGAAGCCCUCAAGGCCAUCACGGAGGUGACCUCCGCACUCCAGCACAGCCUCGUCCGGCUGGAGAACCUCCAGAAGCUGACGGAGCUGCAGCGGGACUUGGUCGGCGUGGAGAGCCUCGUUGCCCCUGGCAGGGAGUUUAUCCGUGAGGGCUGCCUCCACAAGCUCACCAGGAAGGGCCUGCAGCAGAGGAUGUUUUUUCUGUUCUCAGACAUGCUGCUGUACACAAGCCGAGGUGCCUCGGGGACCAGCCACUUCCGGAUCCGGGGACUCCUUCCGCUGCGCGGCAUGCUGGUGGAAGAACGCGGGAAUGAGUGGUCUGUCCCGCACUGUUUCACCAUCUACGCCGCUCAGAAGACAGUCGUGGUGGCAGCCAGCACCCGGCUGGAGAAAGAGAAGUGGAUGAGGGACCUGAACGCCGCUAUCGAUGCAGCCAAGAGCAGCGCCGACACAGCCCUGGCACCGCCGGGCAGCCUGCUGUGCCCCCUUCCCCGCGGGCUCUCCGACGAGGUCUCUCUGGAGGAGUCGGAAGACGACGCUCGCGGGGCCCGCCGCUCCUCAGGGGGGCCGGGCCAGCACCGGGCCAGCACCGCCAUGCACGUGUGCUGGGACCGCACCACCAGCAUCUCCAGGGCCGACCGCAGAGCAGCCGUCGAGAACCAGCUCUCGGGAUACCUGCUGAGGAAGUUCAAGAACAGUAACGGCUGGCAGAAGCUCUGGGUGGUCUUCACCAAUUUCUGUUUGUUCUUCUACAAAACUCACCAGGUAGGGGUGCUUAACCGAGCCCGAGGGGGGCUCUGCCCUUGGCACUGCAGGACCGCCAUGCCCGCCCACCGCGCCCUCACGGAACCCCCUCGGUUCCGAACGAGCCUGGCCCCGCCGCCGCUGCCGUGUGGGGAGAGGGCGGGGGGCUGGGCGCCUGCCGAGCGCGUGCCCUGCUGCCUUCCAGGACGACUGCCCCCUGGCCAGCCUCCCGCUGCUGGGCUACAGCGUGAGCCUGCCCGGGGAGGCCGACGGCAUCCACAAGGAGCACGUCUUCAAGCUCCAGUUCAAGUCCCACAUCUACUUCUUCCGGGCUGAGAGCAAAUACACAUUAGGGAGGUGGAUGGAGGUGAUAGAGAGCGCCAGCACCUCACCAGGGAGGGCCGGGACCCCCGAGGAGGAGGCAUGAAGCCCACCCUGCCCGGCAGAGGACAGAGCCGAGCAGGCAGAGCAGGGCCAGCACGUGCCCACGACUGCUCAUCCCGUGUCCCCCCUGCACCCUGGCAGUGGGUGGGCCUCACAGGGACACCUGGGAGGGGCAUAGUCCCCUUCAAGACCCAGUCACUCCCUUGGCCCCGUGGGGCGCCGGGACGAAGACGCACGUGCCUGGAGCCGUGCACUGGCAAGGCUGGUGCUCACCUGCCCUCUCUCCGCCUCCAGAUCAGGACCCUGCCCUUCAGGCUGGUGAAACGGGGGGUGGGGACAGGGCCCCUGGGUCACAGCUGCAUGGAAGUCCAGCAGAAGCCACUCCGCCGCCCACCCCACAUACCUCUGCAAAGUGGAAAGCAAAGCCCCCGUAAUUUAUCAGCCCUCAGCAGGUGUGCUGUGCUAACGUGCAUGUGGUUAAAAAUAAAGGGCAUCUCCUGUGUGCCUGCGUGCUGCCCCUCUCCU